GUUGGUUGUUGCCUCGACAAGUCUGAACGGUUUUAAGAUUAGUUUUAUCUGUUCCGUGGACGUUCGUUAUCAAAACAUGGCAGCAGCGUAAUCCAUGGAGGUGAGAUGUCGAAGAUAUAUGGUUGUCAGCGAUAUUUAUGCUAAAGAUGUCAUAUGUGCUCAGUCACAAUUGGCAGGAUGAUCAAAAGUCAAGAAGAUGAAUUUAUUACUGUGAGAGUUCAGGACCCUCGUGUGAUGAAUGAAGGAUCAUGGCACUCGUAUGUGGACUUUAAGAUUUUUCUUCAUACCAACAGCAAAGCUUUCACAGCUAAAACCUCCUGUGUGCGUCGGCGAUAUAGUGAGUUUGUGUGGCUGAAGAGGAAACUGCAGAAGAAUGCGGGUCUGGUACCUGUUCCUGACCUACCCGGAAAAUCUGUCUUGCACUUCAACAACACAGACUUUAUCGAAAGGAGGAGAAAGGGUUUACAGAGCUUUCUGGACAAGGUGGUGCACAUGACAGUGUGUCUGUCCGACAGCCAGCUUCAUCUGUUUCUGCAGACUCAGCUUCCUGUUGGUCACAUUCAAGACUGCGUAAAGGGUCACACUCCUUACAGCGUGACUGAGGCGAUUCUAACUUACGCCACAUCCAACCGUGGCUGGGCUCAGGAGGAAGGGGGUGGCCCACUGGAGCCAUGCCCAACACCAAUUUCCUAUGAAUCAAUGGAGAGCCCCCUUCCAAACGUUUCUCCUUUACGACAUGAGGAAGGAGGUGCAGAUGAGCCUGAUGUAAACUCUGUUGACCUAAGGCUGCAAGAUGACGACGCACCUUUAAAUAAUGCAGCUCACAGAGAUCGGCAUGAAGAAACAGUACAGAAUGAGGAGAAUUGUGGAUAUCUGCAGGUGGACGUCCAUCAGCAUGUUCCUAUUUUGGACAACCAGAACACUAAAGAAAGAAGUGAUAUCAGUAUACUGGAUGAGCAAACAAAAAUCGACAAUAAUCUAAAGGACACCAAUGCUAAUGGAGUUGGAUAUGUGGUCACCCAGUCACCCACUGCAGCAGAUAAGUCUCAGCCAAACCAUGUAGCUAGUAAUAAAAAAUUGGUCAACUUUUUUUUCUAACCAUAUUUAAUAUUCUGAGAAAGCUGUUAUAGAUUUAAGGAAAUCGAUAUCAUGAUUUGAACCAAACCUAAUACAGUACUUAAAGUAAUACACUACAUUACAACUGUUUGUCAUUUUGGCAGGCCCAAGCUCUUUCUCAGACAACUACUUAUAUGUGGCAGGUGAGCUCAUCAGACAUGAACAUCUAGUAAAAAGCAAAAUCAAGUUAGAACAAAUGACCUGAUCAGUGGAGGUCUCUGCGACACCAAUGGAGAACAAAGUCUGAUCAUAAAGAUUUUCCUCAACUGAACAGAAAAAUGUUAGUUCUUUUCUCCACAUUU